UUCUAUAUGCGCGUGCGCACACACUGUUUGUUGUGUAACCGGUUUAUCUGAAGUAUCAAAUGACGUACGUGCCUCAGAGGAGACAUUUGUAUAUGAAAUUAUUUUCUAAUAAUUUCAACGUUUGGUUCCUGAGAUUAAAAACAAGGAAAUAUGUCCCAGAUGAUGAUUAAAUAAAAGCCAGUACGCAAUAAUCUCUCGAUCAGCGCUGGUAACAGUAACAGUUAUCACGUGACCUGCUUGAGCCCGCCGAUGGUUUCCAUGGCAGCACACCGGAAGUGAAGAUGCUGUGUUUGUGUGGAUGCGGGAGGCAGGUGCAGCCGUCAGGUAAUUAAUGAAGAAUUAAACAUGUCGAUCUCCACCUUUCAGAAGGUCACUAUCGUGUCAUGUGUGGUGCUGUGCGUCGCGCUCCUGCUGCCGAAGAUGCUCUUGUCGCGAGGAAAGAGAGACUCCGAAGCUCCCGCAGGACAGUUUCCUCCCGGGCCGCAGCGAGCGUCGGUGUCUGAGGAGCAGCGGCGGUCCGGCCGGCAGUUCUCCAGAGCCCACAAUCCUGAAGCCAUCGCCCGGGCCAAAGGAGCCGGAGCUGGAGCCGGAGCCGGAACCGGAGGGAAGUCCAACCUCGCGGGCCAGAUCAUCCCCAUCUACGGCUUCGGCAUCUUACUGUACAUCCUUUACAUCCUGUUCAAGAUCACGUCCAAGGGCAAAACCAGCAAACCUCCAGAGAGCCGCUUCGCCGCCGUCCGGUCAGAACACACCCAGAGGAAGAUCACUGAUUUUGAGUUGGCUCAGCUGCAGGACAGACUGAACGAGACGAAGGAUGUGAUUGAGAGAAUCAUUUCUUCAGCCAGCGUCGGUACAGACAGUGUUGGAGCUGCGGUGGCUGUGGACGAGGAGCAGAAGCUGCUUCAGCAGCUGCAGGAGAUCACACGCGUCAUGCAGGAGGGGCGGCUCGUGGACUCCAUCCCAGCCAACACUGGAGACUCCUGCGGCCACCAGUGGGACGAUCUUCCUGACGACGGUCGUAAUGAGCACUUCUGCUGCGUUCAUUCACCUGACGUGAGCGCAAACGCACAGACGAGAGAGAGCGAUGGUCCUGAUGAACCCGCAGAGGAGCCCGGCAGUGACCCUGAGGAGACCACAGAUGACAACCAAAACACUCCCGUGUGCGACUCCAUCAACCAAUCACAGCCAGAGACAGACGCCAGCACAGGAAGUGACAUCACACCGGGUCCAGUGUCAGAACACAGCGGCGUCAGACGGAGGAACAAACAAUAAACGACAGCACAUCAUGAUAUUUCUCCUGGUAUUGAGCAGUGGAUGUGUGUAACUCUCUGCUGUCUGUUACACACACACUGAAGAGUCAACAUGAGGACACUCUUCACUGCGCCACACACUCAUCAAUCAUCAAUAAUGAAUAUGCAAACAGAAACACAUGCAGCAGUCAAGCUGCCGUUUCUACUGACCCGUUGCAUUCAGCACAAACAUAUUUUGCAUGUUUAUGUAUGAAAAACUUCAUAGAACUCAAAUAUUACUCUAUAUUUACACCUGAUUCAUCACCUAGAGAAAACCCUUAAUGUAGAACAGGUCUGAAGGCAAUAAAGGGGUUUGACUUCUACAGUUUUUGCAUUAGACACUUUAGCUUUAAUUAGGUGCUUCUCAUUUCAUCUCGUUUGAUCAGUUUUAUAACUGAUGCUUUUAUUUAUUCAUUCAUAUUCUCCUGUCAUACUUGCAUGAUUGCAUGAAUGUGUAUCAUUUACUGCUAUGAUAAUGUUAAUAAAACACAAACUCACA